AUGAAUAUGGUUCAAUAUAGCAUCUUCAACAUGAAGAUUGCCAUUUUUUGUGUAAAUACAUCAUUUUCGAAGCCAGAUGGUAUUCACCUCAAUAAGUUGGGAGAUAGGCUUAAAACCCUCAAGUUUUUUUUGCCCAUCCACAUGGCCCCUGGUUCCAUUUUCCACCAAGGCCGACUCGAAGUCAGUUGGCCUCUGCCUCGCACCUGGCCACAUCAAUGGUGCGUGGAGCUGGGGCAACCACCAUCAAUGCAGCACGCACGGCGGUGCAUGCAGCAGUUGAUAGCACCAGUCCAACGGCUUCCCUGGGCGCAGUGCCUUUUGUGGAUGUGCUUUCUACCGGUGCUAUGGCUGUGCACGCAGCAGCGGAUGCGGCAGCUGCAGUUUCGCGUCGGCUCCAACGAGGGAACCAAAGGACACUGGAGUCGGAGAAGGAGCAAAUCCCGACCUCGUUUUAGGCCGGGGCCCCGGGGCCGGUGGGUCGACAUGGUGCCGACAUGUUGCUCCAUGGAGGACCCGAUUUUCUGGCAAUUUUACUGGGAACAUUUACCAUCAAUAUACCCCCAAUGUUAG